GUCUGGAAAAUAUCCUGUCUCCAGGCAACCAGGACCUGACGCAUGAAUCACCCCAUGUGUUUCUCUCUGAUAGUGAGAGUUCAAAAGCUGCGCAACAGUGAAGUGCAGCGCAGGCCAGGGAGAUACUGCAUUUUAAACACUAAACAAAAACGAGAUGACGAAUCGCAUCACACCUGCAUCACUUCCACUGAGAAAAAGAUGCAGCCCUUCCUAGUAUUACAAAAGGGGUGUGAUGUUGCAGUAUUCUGGAUUAAACUCCUAAUUGGAACCAGUUUGACUAAAUGUCAACUGAAUCUUGCUAAUUGGGAGCACCCUGAAGAUUAUGACUCAUCUACUUAAUCUAAAUAUUUUCCUCCUGAGGAUUGUCUUCCAAGAAACAUUUUGUUAAAGUCAUUCUGAGGACUGCAGUGCCAAGUUGAUCACUAAUUGAUCUAUUUUUUUUUUUUUUUCCCGUGGACUUCUGCACAUAUUUACUAUUUCUGAAAAGUGUGUUGUCUGUCCAGUCUGCUUUUGGGUCAUCUUCCAGAUAUCUCCCAAGGAAAAUCUUUUUGUGAAGAACACUGUAACCACCAGUCUCCAUCCUUUCUGUGGAUUUAUUAAGUGUUUGCAGGCCAAAGUGCUUCUGAACACAAAAGCUCUAAUAUUCAAUCGCUGGCUAAAAUGUGUUAAUCAGGAAUUUAUGUGCUCAGUGUUCCUGUUUUAAAAUGUACAUCAAGUAUUCAUUUAAGGAACCCCAAAAUUAGAGAAACUUUUAGAAAAAAACCAUCAGUCUUCCCUCAUUUUCUCUUAGGAUACAAUGUCUUGUACCGCGCCAGUGGCCCAAAUCGAAGUGGAAGAAUCUGUUGACCAUGGACAGGCCAGCCCGGUGGCCCCUCACGAUGAUCACCUCAGAAGCCUUAAGGCCCUGACCCAGAAGCUGAGGCUGGAGACCAGAAGACCCUCAUAUCUGGAGUGGAGGGCUCAGGUGGAAGCACACAGCUCCAAGGACCUCAAACCAUUAGGUGAUGAGGCUUCUAAAGAAGAGAGGAGAGCCAGUGAGGUAGCUGUGGGCUCCUUCAGACGGUCUCAGCGACAUCUCCUCAGCAGCAGUAUGGUCAAGGAGGAGAGCCAAAGCACCGGGAGCUUGAAGGACUUUCGGAGUAUUGAUGAAGCACUUAUCUGGCUCAGAAAGGAAUUGACUGAAAUGCGGCUUCAAGACCAGCAGUUGGCUCGGCAGCUGAUGCGCCUCCGUAGUGACAUCAACAAACUGAAGAUUGAGCAGACCUGCCACCUGCACAGGAAGAUGCUCAACGACGCCACCUAUGAGCUGGAGGAGCGCGAUGAGCUGUCUGACCUGUUCUGUGACUUCCCCCUCACGCCAGGCUUCAGCCUUUCCACCCCACUCAAGCUCAUCGGUGUCACCAAAAUGAACAUCAACUCACGCCGCUUUUCCCUUUGUUAGCCUUUCCAGCAUCCACAGAGGCAUUACACUUCCUGUUUUGAAUCUGCAUUUGACUUCAUCACUUAUCUUUAAUGUAAAUGUGCUGUGCAGGUUAAUGGGGAUGGGAACUCUGUUGAGAAAGUAUUAAAACCAAGAUGGCAGGGCUCCCAAGUGGCACAUCCAGUAACGGCACUCCGCAUGGAGUGCAGGAUGCACCCCAUAGCCUGGAGAUUGCUGGUUCGAGUCCAGGCUAUUCCACUGUCGACCAUGGACGGGAGUUCCUAGGGGGCGGCCCACAAUUGGCCGAGCGCCACCUGGGUGGGGAGGGCUUAGGUCGGCCAGGGUGUCCUUGGCUCACCAUGCACCAGCGACCCCUGUAGACCAGCCGGGCGCCUGCGGGUCUGCCUGUAAGUUGCUCAGAGCUGCGUGGUCCUCCGAUGCUGUAGCUCUGAGGUAGCUGCAGGACGGGCCUGCGGAUGGUUGACGGCACACAUUUCGGAGGAUGCGUGUGUCUGUCUUCGUCUCUCCCGAGUCAGCGCGGGAGUGGCAGCAGUGAGCCGGGUUGAAAUAAAAAUAAAUAAUUGGUGUUAGUGUGUACUGUGAGUUCUCGAAUUUUUAUAAGCCAUUUAAAUGCUUAAACUGACAUUUUCUGUAUUUAUACCAGAAUGCUCUGCGGUGAUGAAGCUGUUAGGAACUAGACAUUUCUAUUAUCAAUUUACAGUUAUUGGCGCGAUACAUCAAUAGGCUUACUGCUCAAGUUAUUUUUUACUCAUUAAAUUCCUCCCAAAGGCCUUUUAGUUAACAAACCACAUUCAGUAAUCUGAUCUCCAUCAUGUCCUUUAUUCUCCUUGCUUUUCAUCCUUGUUCAAUCAUGGGGUUUUCUCAGAGCUUCACCAUUUUGAUCCAGGGCAUAAUUUGCAUUUUUUUUGUCACUUACCCUAAUCCUCAGCAAAGUCUGAGGCUCUUCCACAAUGCCUUCUUUCUGUCUUGGGUGCCUGAAUGGCUGACAUUGAAAACAGUCACAGAGACACUAAAGAUGGUCUCAGGUGGUUUUGUGAUGAUGUUGAUUUCACAGUCUAGUGCAGUAUUAAUCAAAUAACUGAAAGCUAUUAGGACCAUCCAUAGUAGACAAACACCUUCAGCCACUGAGCUGUAGGAAAGCUAAUUUAUUUUACAUAAAUUGCAGUAGUAGGCACAGCAAAUGAUAGCACCACAUAAAGGUGAUUUUGCAAAACCAUCCCAAGUCUGCUUGUGAAGUGAUGGAACACAGACCAUUUGCAUCCUAAUUGCAAAAGGCCAGUGCUGACUGCUAGGUUUGUAUCGAUAGAAAUGGAUAAUAAAACCAAGGCAUGCACUAUAUGGUUACUUACCUUUUUUUAUUUCAUUUUUUUUAAAGAACAAAUGCUGUAGGUUUGUAAAGCACCUAACAAGUAGAGAAACCUAGUGGAAUUUGGAAAGUGUAGGUACUGUAGAAAAGGCACAUGUUUUAACAUAGUUUCUCAGUCUUUGAUUGGGCUUUUCAAAACUGUACUUACAGGGUCAAAUUUCCAAACAAGCUGCAGGAUAGAUGCAAGCUAAGACAUAUGAAAAAUCAUAUAUAUUUUGUCACAUGAAAAGGUUACAUGUUAAAUGUAUUAGUACCCAUUUGAGGGGCAACAAUAAACUACGAGUCAUUAAAAUUGCUAUGUUUUUCUUUUUUAUUGUUUCAUUGUGUUAUUAUUGGGGCAGGUAUGAUGACUGGACAGUAAAUGAAGUUAAAUGAGGGGGCUCAUCAGGGUCAAUCAGAGAAGACGGAAAAUUACUUUUAAUACCAGAUUUAUUGAGCAGUUACUCUACAUCAGGUCUUCUCAAAGUCGGUCCUGGGCUGCCGCUGUGUCUGCUGGUUUUCAUUCCAACUGAGCUUUCAAUUACUUAACUAUAC